AGCUGUCAUAGAGGCGGAGCCUGGCAGGAUGUUUAAAUCGUUCCCACUACCGCUCUUUCCAAACUGGAGGGGCAUGGCUUUGGCAAGACAGCAGUGCUUUGCUUCCUUUUUUUUCGCUCUGAGGCAAGAAAAAAAAAAGAGUUGGAUUUCAGGGAACUUUUUCUGAGCGCCGGGUUGGUGAAAGAGAGCCCUGUGGAAAGCACACGAUGUCUCCGUGAGCCGCUUUCCCCUCCUGUUAUAACUGAUUAGCCCAUAUGACCAACAUGAGCUGGAGUUUCUUAACCCGUCUGCUAGAAGAAAUUCACAAUCACUCCACCUUUGUGGGGAAGGUCUGGCUCACGGUGCUCAUUGUCUUCCGGAUCGUCCUGACAGCUGUUGGGGGGGAGUCCAUCUACUCCGACGAACAGAGCAAGUUCACGUGCAACACCAAGCAGCCGGGCUGUGACAACGUCUGCUACGAUGCCUUUGCGCCGCUGUCACACGUCCGAUUCUGGGUCUUUCAGAUCAUCAUGAUAUCCACCCCAUCCGUCAUGUACCUGGGCUAUGCCAUCCACAGGAUUGCUAGGUCCACGGAGGAGGAGAAGCGGUUUCGGGGGUUCAAAAAGAAGAAGAAGUUUGCUUUGAACUGGCAGGAUGUCCGGAACUUGGAAGACCCCAUGGAAGCGGAUGAAGAGGAGCCCAUGAUCUCCGAUGGCACGGGGGAAAACAACGAGAAGGCCAAAGACAAGGAGAAGAGCAAGGAGCUGCAAAAGCACGACGGGAGGAGACGCAUCCAGCAAGAAGGGCUGAUGAAGAUUUACGUCUUCCAGCUCCUUGCCAGAGCUUCAUUUGAAGUCUGCUUCCUGAUAGGGCAGUAUCUUCUCUAUGGCUUCGAGGUGGAAGCUUACUACGUCUGUAACCGAGCCCCUUGCCCUCACACGGUGGACUGCUUUGUGUCCCGGCCGACGGAGAAAACCAUCUUCCUCCUGGUGAUGUACGUUGUAAGCUGCCUGUGCCUGUUGCUCAACAUGUGCGAGAUGUUCCACUUGGGGUUUGGGACCAUUCGAGAUGCCAUUCGCAACCGAAAGAUCAAUAGCUUCAGGCAGCCCCCCUACAACUACUCCUACCCAAAGAACAUCUCCUGCCCUCCGGAGUACAAUCUGGUCGUGAAACCCGAGAAGUCGACGAAGAUCCCCAACAGCCUGAUGGCGCACGAGCAGAACUUGGCUAACGUUGCCCAGGAACAGCAGUGCACGAGCCCGGACGAGAACAUCCCGACCGACCUGUCCACCCUCCAUAAACACUUGCGGGUGGCCCAGGAGCAAUUAGACAUCGCGUUCCAGAGCUAUAACACCCCGCAAGCCAACACGCAGCCCUCCAGGACCAGCAGCCCAACUUCGGGUGGGACUGUGGUGGAACAGAACAGGGCCAACACCGCCCAGGAGAAACAAGGCACGAAACCCAAAGCCAGUUCAGAGAAAGGCAGCUCUAGCAGCAAAGAUGGAAAGACAUCUGUAUGGAUAUAGUUAGGGGUUGGGCAUGAUGCAUUUAAUGGGCAAUGUAAGUAGGGGGUGUGGGUUUCUGCACCCCUGCCCCAGUAUUGUCUUGAGUUCAUUUUGCAGCGCAAAGGCACAAUUUUAUACACCGGUUGAUGGAAAUAUUGUUAAGUGGUUCCAGAUUGAAUAAUGUCUUCUAAUGUGUUUAACAACAGACAGUUUCCUUCUUUUUCGGGGACUUUCCAGGGAGCUAAGCGUGAAUGGUGCAACCCAGUGCACACUGCCUAGGUGUGGAAGUAAGAGCCUCUCUCCUGAAGCCGCUCGUGCUGGUUUCCAAGGCCAGCUCACUGCAGGGGCUCCUCUUCAACAGGGACUGUUUCAGUGACAAGCAGGCUGGCUGGUGGCAAUGGAUCUCCCCGGUCAUUGAGAAGAAAGGUCUUGACUACACCAAGCAACUCAUGUCCUGCAUAUGAAGCUAUAUGUACUGUACUUGUGUGCCAGGAAGAGUUUAUUACUAAACGUUCUUACUCCAAUUAAUUUCUACUUCCUCCGUUAAAUGGGGAAAAACCCUGAUUGUUGCUUCAACUUUCACAACACGCUCUUAUUACUACUUUCCUGUCUGAAUUCUGAAACAUGUCAGCAAGGGGUCAUUGGAAAUGCAUGCAGCAGAGAUCACUGGUGCUGGGUCUAACUAGGCACUAAUGCAAUAUUAUGACUUUCAGAAACGCAGGAACCAUAUUUAAAAAGAACAUAUGAGAUCCUGAGUGAUUCAGUGUUAAGCUACAUGUUUUAUUCUUAUUUGCUUUUCAUUUCAAUGGUGAAGGAAAAGCAGAUCAAAUGCUACAUAGCAGAAACUGAUGAUAAACUUGCAUUGUAAUGAUGCUGCUGCAUUUAUUAUAGAUCUAGUGGGAAGUGUAACAGUUUACUGUUUUUAACCCCGCUGUUGCACAUCAUAAGAAAAAGUGCCUUUUAGAAACCAGGAAAACAAAAUUCUAAGUAUCUGAUGUAUUCAACUGUCAACUCUCAGUAGAGACCUGAAGAUCAGUGUUGAUAAAUUUUGCUAUCAUGUGCUUUUUAAAAUCAAAACUUUAUAAAUGAAGACAUGGACCUAUGCAUAGGGGGGCGUGGUGUGUGUGUUCCCAUAUAUAUAAGAAAAUAUAUACAAACACACAUGGAUAUGCAUGUGUGAUAUGCAUGUAAGGCAAUAUCAACCCCAUGGUGAUCUUUACACCAAAAAUCAGAGCAUAACAGUGCCCUGUUGUCCUCCCAUAGAGAUCUCCUGGCAAAACUCUGGGCCAGCUGGGUAAUUGGCCUUGCUGCUUUUGCUCCACUUGAACCAGGCUGUGGAUAUGGCUGUUUGAUUUUAGUGGGAACAGGACAGAGAAUCAUCAGCAGAAGCUUGCACCAUAGUCACAGGUGCAAAGCAAAGUGGCCUACACUGAGCCCUGUGCUGCUGCUUCCAGCCCCUGAGCUAGCUAGCUUAAAGCUAGUUUGGGCAUGUCUACACUAUGCUGCAGUCACAGCAGUGGCAUCAGUACAGACAUCCCCUACGGACCAAAUCCCCUUUUCCUCACACACGCAAGCAAUUCCACUGCCCGUGUCUGCACCAGGAUAUUGUGGCUAACGUUUCUCACCAGUGAUAGUCACAGUGCAGGGUUAAGGCAGACUAUGCAAGAUGGUGCUUAAAAAUAAGGGGGGCCUGUUUGCAGAUUGAAUGAUUUUGUCCUUCUGCCAUUGCUAUCUCCAGUAAAACCAAACCCUGGGGUUAGCAAGUGGAAAUGCGAGUAACAAAAAA